AUGGUCUAUCAAAUGUGUCCCUUUGCGGGCUAUAACCCCGAUACCGAGGUCCCCGACCUUGCGGGAAAGGUCAUUCUCAUUACUGGAGGUACAAACGGCAUCGGCAAGACCGCAGUGCAAGAACUCGCCAAGCACAACCCUGCGCAUAUUUACUUUACCGGCCGCAACCAGCAAGCUGCCGAUGCGCUCAUCGCCUCGCUGCCCCCGGGCGGACCGCGCGCCACCUUCCUGCCCUGCGACAUGGCCUCGCUCGACAGCAUCCACCAGGCAGCCUCGGCUUUCUCCUCGCCUCGUCUCGACAUCUUCAUCGCCAACGCGGGCGUCAUGGCCACGGCGCCGGGCCUGACGCAAGACGGCUUCGAGCACCAGUUUGGCGUCAACCACGUCGGCAACGCGGCGCUGCUGCUGCGGCUGCUCCCCGUGCUGCGGCGGACGGCGCGGGACGUGCCCGGCGCCGACGUGCGCUUCGUGGCGCUCACGUCGCUGGGGUACCGCGCGCACCCGCCAGCCGGCAUCGACUUUGCGACGCUGCGCACGACGCAGGAGGACGAGGCCGGCUUCGCCAUGGGCACGUGGACGCGCUACGGGCAGUCCAAGCUGGCCAACGUGCUGCUGGCGCGCGAGGUCGGCCGGCGGUUCCCCGAGCUGACGAGCGUGUGCGUGCACCCUGGCGUCGUCAAGACGCAGCUCGUCGCGGAGCUGGGUUUCUGGGAGAAGAUGCUCGUGUACGUGACGAACCCGGGCGGGCUGAUGACGCCCCGCCAGGGAUGCUACAACACAGUCUGGGCGGCGACGGGGGAGGAUGUCAGGGAGGCCGUGGCAAAGGGCGAUGCGGCGUUUUUCGAGCCGGUCAAGAAGCCGAAUGCUGGUAACGCCAAGUGCUGGGAUGAGGAGCUAGCGAGGAAGCUGUGGGAGUGGACGGAGGAGGCAGUUGGCGUAAGGGCGUAG